AUGGAUGCUAACGGUUUAUUGCAAUGUUUUGCAAGUACACUAGACCAUGAUGCCACCAUCAGAUCACAUGCGGAAACACAAUUAAAAGAGACCAGUAAAGCACCAGGAUUUUUGGGUGCAUGCUUAGAUAUCAUAUCUUCUAAUGAGAUCCCAGAGAACAUUAAAUUAUCUGCAUCACUCUACUUUAAAAAUAAAAUUGUAUACGGAUGGGUUAUCUCUGCGUAUUCAGCUAGCAAGAAUGAACUAUUGAACCGUGGAGUUGAUAACGAUGAAAAACCAGUCGUCCAAGAUAUGAUUAUCCAGACAAUGCUACAAUGCUCGAGCAAUUCUCCUCAUUGCCUUAGAGUUCUAAGACCAGCCUUGAAAACUAUUAUUUUGGAGGAAUAUCCGAAGGGUAAAUGGAAUGACCUUUUACCGAAAUCAUUGGAACUCCUAUCUAAUAGUGAUAUCAAUGUUGCACACGUUGGAUUAAUAUGCUUAUCUGAGAUAUUUAGAACAUUUAGAUAUAAAGAAAAUGAUGAUAGACAAGAACUUGAGAAACUAAUUUUGCAAUACUUUCCCGACCUAUUAGCUUAUGCUAACAAUACAUUACUAAAGGAAGGUGCCAACAUGACCGACCCUAAAAUUGGUGAAUUAUUGAUUCUAAUAUUGAAAAUUUACAAAUUUGUUACGUACCAUGACCUACCUUUCACUUUACAACGUGCAGAAUUCUUUGUUCCAUGGGCAAAUCUUUUUGUAUCUAUCAUACAAGCACCACUGUCGGAUUCAAUAAUGAAUAUUAUUGAUAUUGAUCAAAGGAAACAAAAUCCUUGGGUCAAAUGCAAGAAAUGGUCCUAUGCAAACCUAUUUAGAUUAUUCUACCGUUAUGCUUCUCAGACCUUAUCUGGAAGAUUUGACUACUCUGAUUUCAAAGCUCUUUAUAUGGACGAAUUUCUACCUCAACUACUGACUCUAUUAUUCCAACAGAUUGAAGAGUGGGGAAGAGGUUCCAUUUGGCUGAGUGAUGAAUCGUUAUAUUACGUAUUAUCUUUUCUAGAGCAGGCUGUUACUCAAAAGGACCCUUGGAAGCUAAUAACUCCGCACUAUUCCACUAUAUUACAACAUGUGAUAUUCCCUCUGUUACGUCCAACAGAAGAAACGCUGGAUGAAUUUGAAAGUGACCCUCAGGAAUAUAUUCAUAGAAACUUAGAACUUUGGAAUGAUGAUUAUUCUCCAGAUAUUGCUGCUAUUUCAUUGUUGACCACAGCAGUAAACAAGAGAGGUAAGACUACAAUCCAACCAACAAUGGAAUUUUUCAUUGAGACGUUACAAGCGAAUUGUGGAGAUUUUAAUUCUCUCACUUUACAGAAUGCUGUUAAUAUCGAAGCUGCCUUCAGAAUAUUUUCUAAUAUAUUGGAUAGACUAACUUUAAAAGGUUCACCAUAUUCCAACGAAAUUGAAGGUUUUGCUAAAACUUUUAUUUUCCCAUUCUUUAAUUCUCAAUUCGGAUUUCUACAAAGUAGAGUAUGCGAGAUAGUCUCUAAACUAGGAUUAAUAGAAUUUAAGGAUCCAUCUACCAUCGAAACAAUAUAUCGUGGUAUCACUAAAUGUCUAAAUGACACUUCGGACUGUUUACCAAUAAAUUUAUCGGCUGCACUGGCACUACAGACGUUUGUACAGGACACAUAUUUCCAACAAGCGAUGUCAGAAUCAGUUGUUCCUAUUAUGCAAAAAUUACUAGAGCUAUCCAACCAAUUUGAAUCUGAUUCAAUUGCUGGUGUUAUGCAAGAAUUCGUUGAACAGUUUGCUGAGCAAUUACAACCAUUUGGUGUCGAAUUAGUUAAUAAUCUGAUUCAACAGUUUUUAAAAUUAGCGAUCGAUUUGAACGAUGCAUCCAACAUUGAUCCUUCUAAUUACAUGAAUGGUGAAAAUCUUCCCGAUGAGAGUGAUAAACAAAUGGCUGCGUUAGGUAUCUUAUCUACUAUUAUUUCUCUUUUACUUUCUUUUGAAAAUUCGGUCGACAUUGUUAAAAGUUUAGAGCAAUCAUUCUAUUCUGCAGCUGAGUUUAUUUUGAAUAAUCAACUGGAUGAUUUUUAUCGUGAAGUUUGUGAGUUCUACGAGAACUCAACAUUUUUACUGAGAGAUAUCACCCCAGUCACUUGGAAAAUAUUGGAGUUAAUUGGACAAUGCAAUAGUAAGGAGGAUAGCAUGGUUACAUACUUCCUCGAAGAUUUUAUGCUAAUUUUCAAUAAUAUAUUUGUUUAUGGAAGUGCAGAAUUACAAAAGAAUGAUUUUUAUUGCAAGAUAUUAUAUGAAGUUUAUAAUAAUACUAACAUUGAUGAAGAUUCUGAUUUUGAUGAGAUCAAUACAAUCUUUGAUUACGGUCAAAAACUAUUAUUAUCACUUGGGCCACAAAUCUCUGCUACGAUAAGAGAAUCUAUUCUUCAGAACGCUAUUACUUGCAUCCUUAUUAAUAAGACUGACUUAAAGAAACAUAUUGUAUUUGGAGUGACAACUUUCAAUGCUAUAAUUGCCAGUAUGGUAUCUGCACCAGUAGAGUCCAUAAAAUUCGUAUAUAACCAUGGCUGCUUACCAUUAUUCUUUGACGUAUGGUUAACAGUAUACAUCCCAAACUUCAAGAGGAUAUACGACAUUAAACUUUCUAUUAUGGCUCUAUUAAAUUUAAUUGGUCAACUACCACCACAAGAAAUUUCACAAAUGUCAAUUGAACAGGUUCUACCCUCUUUAGGGAACUCUCUUGUUCAUUUAAUGUUCAAAUAUCCUCAAGCAGAGUUGGAACUAAUAGAUAAAAGGAAAGAAUUUACGUCUUCUGCAUUUGGCAAUGAUGUGCAAACACCUUGGAGUGAUGCAAUUGAGUUGAAUGACGAUGAUGACGACGAUAAUUCUACUGUGGAUGAACGCACAUUUGAGAAUUAUCUAGAAAUGAUGAAGAAGGAUAACGGUGGUGGUAAUUUCGCAGACGGGCUAACAUUUGAUGACGAUGAAACUUUCGAUGAUCUGGAGGAAGACCCUCUAACAAAAUCCAUUUUGGACGACAUAAAUAUCAAUACCGUCUUCAAGACAUCAAUGAAUGAAUUUCCUACUUCAAACAGUGCAAUGUAUCAAGCUGCUUUUGCCAACGUCUCCAACGAAGAUCAGGCUUCCCUAGCUCAUUUAUUGGGGAAUUAA